GUCCUUGACCACGCCAAUGUAUUUGGAUAAGGAAGACAUUGACGUUUCCCUAAGGCGAACGGACGAGCUUUGUUAUGCUGCCGACCUCGACGACACUGUGCUGCGCUACUCCUUCAAAGGGAAUGCGCCCGAGCCGUAUUCGCCGAAGAAAGAAUUUAUCUACUCGAGGCCGCUUGUUGAGAAACAGCUCGUGCUGAAGAAGACUUGCGAAUGGUGGUUCUACAAGAAUAAAUGCAGUAACAUGUCCACGCACUGGAAACAUAACGUCUGCCUCAUACUGACCGUCCCAGCGCUGUGCCUUUUUGGCGCGCUUAUCUUUUUCAUUGGAAGUGGCUCUAGUGGCGGUUACAAUUCAAAAUACACAAUCGCUCCACCAAAACUACCGCCUCUACAUUUUAUUGAAUCUACUGAGCUUUUUAUCAACGACACAAAUGUUAUCGAUUGGGGCGAUGAUGAUAAUAUGGGUGGCGAAAUAACUCUUGAGGACAUCGGUGAUGACAAUCACAGCGAUCUUGUUACGCCCAUCAAGAUCGCUAAUUCUAGUUUAAAUGCGGAUGAUUUGCUAUAUGAAUCGAAACGAAAUAGCGACGGCAACAGUAGUCAGAAAGAUUCAGCGUUCAGCAGGACGGGCACCUUUCGCAGCAAGUCUAGUCAAAUUUGGGAUCCACAUCCGGAGUACAUAUUAAAGGUGUUUGGACGAGCGUUGCAUUUGGUGCUGCAUCAGGACACAUCAUUCAUACCGACUGAUACAUUUCGCGUGAUUCGCAUAUUAAACAAUGAUAUCGAGGAGACCGAUACUCAGGAACAGGGCCACUACUUGGGCUGUAUUUACAAGGGUCAUGUGGAAGGUGACCAGCACUCGGAUGUCGCUGUAUCGCUAUGCGGUGGGAUGACUGGUUAUAUCAAAACGGGUUUCGGUACGCUGCUCAUACAGCCUGUCAACCAAAGUAGCAGCAACGACGACGCCGUCGCCUCUGGCGGUGACAAUCAGAUCUUGCACAGAGUCUGGCGGCGCUCGCAGCGUAAUGCCAGACACGCUGUCUCCGACUUCGAGCUGGACUUGGAGGCGUUGGAGCUGAUGGCCACGAGGGCGACCUCGAAACGCACGCGCCGGAAGCGCCACAACACCGACAAUCAGGUGUAUACACUGGAGGUGUUGGUUGCCGUGGACAGAACCAUGGCCGAGUUCCACAAAAACAAAAAUUCCCUCUACUCCUACAUUCUCAUACUUUUUUCGAUUGUAUCGAACAUAUUUGCGGACGCUAGCAUUGGCAACUCCAUACACAUCUCUCUGGUAAAGUUACUGGAGAUUCGAGAUCCGCGUCCGGGCAACUCCACCGCCGAACUACUAAAGCACUUUUGCUCGCAUCUACCACAGUACGGCUAUCACUAUGACACGGCUAUGCUAAUUACACGCAAAAACAUUUGCGGGGAGCAUAAUCCGGCGAAGUGCCAUACACUAGGUCUGGCUGAGCUGGGAACGGUAUGUAAUCCUCGUUCCUGUUCUAUAGUGCAGGACAAUGGCCUAUCCGCCGCCUUUACCAUUGCCCACGAACUAGGACACAUAUUGAAUAUGCCACACGAUGAUGAUAAGCGUUGUAUUCCACACAACCACCGAGACUCUAUAAAGCACAUUAUGGCGCCCAGCAUGGGCGAGCACAUGCAUCCCUGGUCAUGGUCCAAGUGCUCACAGCACUAUGUUUCUGAAUUUUUAGAGAAAUCAGACAAGUCCUGCUUGGAAGACACGCCCACCUCUUACAUAUCCAAUGUUCCUACGCAACUUCCGGGUGAGAUUUAUUCACUAGAUCAUCAGUGCCAGUUGAUACAUGGCAGCCAAUCCUAUUUCUGCAACAUUGAUGUCGAGUGCACCCAACUGUGGUGCAAAUCGAAUCUACACUCCGGAGAGUCGUGCAGCACUGGCCAUUUACCCUGGGCUGAUGGCACGCCCUGCAAUCAUAAUCGCCACUGGUGCCAGCGCGGCAAUUGCGUGCCCCGCAACGGCAGCACUGUUGAAUCUGUUAAUGGUGGUUGGGGCCCUUGGUCGAGUUAUACAGUCUGCAGCUUGACCUGUGGCGGUGGCGUGCAGGAGUCGAGGCGGGAGUGCAACAACCCUCUGCCUAAAAAUGGUGGCAAAUAUUGCGUGGGUAGCCGCAAGAAGUACCGCUCUUGCAAUACACAGAGCUGCCCGCCAGGCACCACGGAUUUACGGGAAGAGCAGUGCUACAAUAUGAAUGGUCGCAACUUUAAUAUUCCAGGCAUAAGCCCAUCUUCCAAGUGGAUACCAAAAUAUGGAUUGUCUGUGCAAGACAAGUGUAAACUAUAUUGCCGCAUGGAAGACAAUAGCGCCUAUUUUCAACUGAGCGACAAAGUGCGAGAUGGCACCACCUGCUCCAUCGACAGUUUUGACAAGUGUGUCAAUGGCAUUUGCCGGCCGGCAGGUUGCGACAAUGAACUCAACUCAAUCGCAAAACUGGAUAAAUGCGGCGUCUGCGAGGGCCGCAACGACACGUGUGAAGAGCGCACCGGAAAUUUCUACGUCUCCGAUCUUUUCAAACAGGCAAAGCCCGCUUCACGCUGCUUCUAUGUCACGACAAUACCAAAAGGUGCAUCAAAUAUUGUUAUUACGCAGCCUGGUUAUCCAGAGCACAACUACAUAGCGCUAAGCGACGAUAGACGUCAUCCGUUACUGAACAGUGAUAACUUGGUCAUACCCUUUCGAAAAAAGGACCACUACGCCGGCCUAACAUUCGAAUACAAUGGCUCCAACAGCACUAUAGAGCGCAUUAAUACGACCUAUUCAAGAAAACUAAAACGAGAUCUAAUAGUGGAGAUUAUCUCGAUUGACUUGAGUGCGGCCAAGAAUAAUGACACAAUACUCAUUACCUACACCUACACGUUGGAUAAACCCAAUUAUGUGGAGCCUGAGGAGGAGAUUUAUCGCUGGGAAAUGCAAACCUGGAGCAAUUGCGAUUCGCUCUGCGACGGCAGCAGAUAUCGAAGUCCGGCGUGUGUGAGUAUCACUCAAGGUUUGAAGGUGGCACCGCAGUUCUGCGACGAAUCUGCCAAGCCAGGCAUGGAAACUGGCGCCUGCAACACCGAAUGCAGUCUUAAUCUUAACAUAAGCAAAACAAAGUGUUCGGCUGCAUGUGGCCAACUGGGUAAGUGGGAAAUGGCUUACAAAUGCAUGCAGACAUUCAGGGGUAUUCAACACACGAAUAUCGUUGAUAUGUCCUACUGUGAUCUGAAGCCUGAGUUGAUGGCACUAAAGGUGUUAAAUGAGGAAUGCGUCGGACCCUGCUGGGCCUACACAGAUUGGUCCACGUGUACCAAAACCUGCGGCACAGGAACCCAAGUGCGAAAAACUAAAGGUUGCUAUAUAAAGAAUACACCAACCAAGGAUGAAUUCUGCGAUCAACGCGAUUUGCAGCAAAAUUUGCUGAGAACAUGCAAUAUAGAGCCAUGUUACUACAUUGAAGGAACGGGGUUGCAACAGAAUUUGCUCAGAACAUGCAAUAAGGAACCAUGUUACUACAUUGAAGGCCUGAAAAACCCUCGGUCUGUGAAUUACUGGGUUGCCUCGGAAUGGGGCAAAUGUAAUGAUUGGUGUGAAAAAAGUAGAACUGUGACCUGCAUGCACCCACAAGGACUUGGCUGUCCGCCUGAGAAGAAACCGCAGGAGGUACGCAAAUGCUGUCAGAUUAAAUACAUGAACGAGUGGACGCCGUGCUCGGCUGUAUGCGGCACGGGCGAGCGACGAAGGAUGCAGUACUGUGCACGUGUCUAUAAGUCUGAGGUGCGAGGAGCGCCCAAGAUGCGGGUUAAAAUCGAUAAUUCCUAUUGCAUAAGCAGGAAUAUAAAGAAGCCGACAUUCAAGAAAAUGAAAAAGUCAUGCAAGAUGACCUGCAAGUGGGCCAUGUCGGAGUGGACUCAAUGUGCGACAGACUGCUCGGAGGAUUACCAGGUGCGUCACGUCGGCUGCGAAACCGGACAUGGCAUUCGCAUUGAUGAGAGAUAUUGUGAUGCCACGCGGAGACCGUUGAAGCGUAGAAUCUGCAGUAAUUGCGUGCGCAGAAAGUCGAAGGUGGUGAUGAAGUGCAAUUGCAAGGGCAUCGAACGACGUCGUAUCUUCUGCUUCGACUCCAUGGAUCGACGCAUUGUCUGUCCCCACAAAGAACGAUCUACCGAGCACCAAUGCUCGCCGCCAUCCGGAUGCAACAAGCCGCAGUCGUGCGCUGAUGUGCAGCAAAUACAACGGUCCUACAAGGAUGGCGAAUAUAUACUGUAUGUGCGAUCGCGUCCUGUACGCAUCUAUUGCCACAAAAUGAAUAGUCGGACACCUAAAGAGUAUAUAAAUCUGAACCAGCUCGAGAACUACUCCAUCUACUAUGAGUAUAGGUCCCAUUAUCCGGACAGCUGUCCGCCUGAGUCGCGCGCAAGUGAAUUUCAUGAGAUACAGAAUUCGGGACGCACGCAUUUCGGGAAGCUUAGACUAAACAUAACCGAUCUGCGCGUCAUCGAGAACGAUUUUGAGUUUGCGACGACGUCUGGGGAACAGCGACAGGUCUAUGGAUCGGCCGGGGACUGCUAUAAUCGCAAUAUGGCUUGUCCGCAGGGCGCCUUUUCCAUCAAUUUGGAGCACACAGGAUUUGUGAUGCGUCCAGGUGCGACCUGGAAGCUUUUCGGCAACAGUGUGGUCAUGCGACGUGAUAACGGGUUUGAAACGGCCAAGGUGAAACGGCGCGCAUUCUGUGGCGGCUAUUGCGGACAUUGCUCUAUAUCGCCCAGCUCUGGACUUUAUCUGGAUGUUUUAUGAUGAGCCGCCCGCUCCAGCUGCUGUGUGGUAUGCUAAAUUCGCGGGUGCUACUUUUUGCGUGGCGCUCUUAUGCAUUUAAAAUUUAAUUUGAUGUCUUGCACUGCCUCACCAAACCCAAGCAAAUGUACUUCCCUUGGAAGGUUUAACAUUUACAAAUUAAAUAGUAUUAAAUAUAUAUGUAUGUAUACAUA